UAUUUGGUUUUUCGUACUAAAGUAAAAAAUAAAUAAAAUAUUUUUUAUUGAGGGAAAUUAAACGAAAAAAGCUUCCGAUAAGAAAGUUGAAUGUAACACGUGGCGACAUACGGUUGGAAGAAACCAUAUCCAGCUUAUCCGAUUUGGAAAAAUGGCAGAUAAGGCAUUAUUGUCCACAAUGACUCUACAUCACAAAAAACUAAGAACCAAAACAGGAGAGCAUCACUGGUAACACCCAAAAAUAUAUUUCCACAUCACUCCCUCAGCCUAAUCACUUUAGAUACCAAUAACACAGAGCUAAAGAAAUAACCAAUUAUAAUCAUCUUGGGAGGUUGAGAAAAUGGCACACGCUAUGGCUUCAAUGGCUGGUUUACAUGGCUCCUCCCAGACUGUCUUGGAAGGCAGCAUUCAACUUAGUGGCUCCAACCGCUUGAACAUUGUCAGCAACAACCGGGCUCUGAACAACCGAACUGGGUUCACAGUCAGGGCCCAACAGGGGUCAACCGAGACCGAAACCAGCAGCCGUCGGGCUGUGUUGGGCCUCGUGGCCGCUGGUUUGGCUUCUGGGUCUUUUGUUCAGGCCGUGUUCGCUGAGGCCAGGUCCAUCAAAGUUGGCCCACCUCCUCCUCCCUCCGGUGGAUUGCCUGGAACUCUGAACUCAGAUGAGGCAAGAGACCUUAAUUUACCUCUUAAGAAUAGGUUCUUCUUGCAGCCACUAACUCCUUCUGAGGCUGCUCAGAGAACUAAGGAGUCAGCCAAGGAGAUUGUUAAUGUUAAGGGAUUGAUAGAGAAGAAGGCUUGGCCAUAUGUCCAGAACGAUCUCCGACUCAGGGCUGAGUAUCUUCGCUAUGAUCUCAACACUAUUAUCUCUUCCAAAUCCAAAGAAGAGAAAAAGCCCCUUAAGGAACUCGCUGGAAAGCUCUUCCAAGACAUCAACAAUUUGGACUAUGCAGCCAAGAUCAAGAGCUCAACUGAAGCAGAGAAAUACUACGCCGAGACUGUAUCUACCCUUAACUCUGUCCUUGCUAAGCUUGGUUAAGAGGAAUUUGUGUAUCUUAAUGUAAUGUACGCUUUUUUUGAAUGUGGAGGAAUUAGUUUUCUAUGGUGGUGGUGGGUUUGGUUAUGGUAGAUUCUGGAGUGCUAAUCAUGUUUUUUCAUGAUAAUUAUAAUCAAAUCGUAACUUGUUGAUAUUUUUGGAAAUAAAUAUAUUACAUUUGAUAAUUACCAAAA